CCUGUGGACCAAUCAGGACGGACGCAGCCCAAAACCUGAGGGCUCAUUGGUCCCUCGACCUCGCAAGAUCCCGACCAUGAGAGUAAUUUCCAAUCGCAGGAGGCGUGACAUCCGCGUUCGGGUUCUUCAGCCAAUCAGAGCGAGGUUGGGAUCGGGCGAUAGGAACUCGCCAUCUUAGGAGUUGGAGUUCGGGCGGUCGUCGGUGACGAGGUGGUGGUACAGAGGUGACUGGGGAUAAGAGCUGUUCAGCGGGACACUCGACGGUUUCGGCUCCUCGGUGGGUGUUUUGUUUCGAGGCCGGGUUAAAAUAAAGAAAAAGGAAAAUGUUGUCCAGGUUGUUCCGCAUGCACGGACUCUUUGUUGCCUCCCAUCCUUGGGAGGUGAUUGUGGGAACAGUUACAGUCACUAUCUGCAUGAUGUCCAUGAAUAUGUUUACUGGUAAUAAUCAGAUUUGUGGGUGGAAUUUUGACUGUCCAAAGAUUGAGGAGGAGAUAUUGAGCAGUGAUAUCAUAAUUCUGACUAUUACUCGCUGCUUUGCCAUCUUGUAUAUAUACUUCCAGUUCCAGAAUCUACGCCAGCUUGGUUCUAAGUAUAUGCUAGGGAUUGCUGGUCUCUUCACCAUCUUUUCCAGCUUCGUUUUUAGCACAGUUGUAAUUCACUUUUUGGAUAAAGAACUGACUGGUCUCAAUGAAGCCUUGCCUUUCUUCUUACUAUUGAUUGAUCUAUCAAAAGCCAGUGCUUUGGCCAAAUUUGCACUGAGCUCCAACUGCCAGGAUGAAGUAAGGGAAAACAUUGCACGUGGAAUGGCUAUUCUAGGUCCUACCUUCACUCUUGAUGCUCUUGUGGAAUGUCUUGUAAUAGGUGUUGGUACUAUGUCUGGUGUACGUCAACUAGAAAUCAUGUGCUGCUUUGGCUGUAUGUCAGUAUUGGCAAACUACUUUGUCUUCAUGACAUUCUUCCCAGCUUGUGUCUCCCUGGUAUUAGAGCUUUCCCGAGAAAGUCGUGAGGGUCGUCCAAUUUGGCAGCUUGGACAUUUUGCUCGAGUUUUGGAAGAAGAGGAAGAUAACAAACCAAAUCCUGUAACACAGAGAGUGAAAGUCAUCAUGUCACUAGGAUUGGUUCUGGUUCAUGCUCAUAGUCGUUGGAUAGCAGAACCAACAUCGGAGGACAGCACCUUGGAAAUGCCUAAGUCAGCAUCGGGGCUGGAUGAAAGUAUGCCGAGACGAAUUGAUCCAGGAGUACCACUGUGGCAGUUCUACCUUUCCAGGAUGGUCAGUAUGGAUAUUGAACAAAUAAUCACUCUGGGCCUAGCGCUCUUCCUUGCUAUCAAAUAUAUAUUCUUCGAGCAGACAGAGACGGAAUCGACUUUCUCACUGAAGAAUCCUAUGUCAUCAUCUUUGCACAUAAAGAAUACUGAUUGUUGCAGGAAUAACAUUGAAACUGCUAGAUUACAGUCAAGUUGUCCAGUGGAUGAGGAACCAAUCUGUAAAGAAAAUACAGAUGAAGUCAUUAAGCCUAUUGAGUGUUCCAUCCCUAAUUCAAACAAUCGUACCUCAAAAGCAAAUUUUGUGUUGGGAGACUUCACUCCUCCUAGCUCUUCAUCGUCGGGAACACCAGAAGAGCUGGGUACUGAGUAUUUGUUAGAGCCAAGACCGAUUGAAGAAUGCUUGUCUAUACUUAAAAGCCCAGAGAAAGGAGCAAAAUACCUCUCUGAUGCUGAGAUAAUUCUUCUGGUGAAUGCCAAACACAUUCCAGCCUAUAAACUGGAGAACGUGAUGGAAACUCCAGAGCGUGGUGUAUUCAUACGUCGCCAACUACUUGCUCCAAAGCUCCCAGAGCCCACUGCACUACAGCUUCUUCCCUAUAGGAACUAUGAUUACUCACUGGUCAUGGGAAGUUGCUGUGAGAAUGUCAUAGGCUAUGUGCCUAUUCCUGUGGGAGUUGCAGGACCACUUUGUUUGAAUGGGAAGGAAUUUCAAGUGCCUAUGGCAACCACUGAAGGCUGUCUUGUGGCAAGCACCAACCGAGGUUGCAGAGCAAUAAGUCUUGGUGGUGGAGCACGGAGUUGUGUGAUGGCAGACGGAAUGACAAGAGGACCAGUUGUGAGACUUCCUACUGCAUGCAAGGCUGCAGAAGUCAAAGCAUGGUUGGAGAGCUUUGAUGGUUUCCAUAUUAUAAAGGAGAUGUUUGAUAGUACUAGCAGGUUUGCCAGACUUCAGAAGUUGCAGAUUGGCCUUGCUGGUCGUAACCUUUAUAUCCGCUUUCAAUCCAAGACUGGAGAUGCCAUGGGCAUGAACAUGAUCUCAAAGGGCACAGAGAAGGCUCUGUCUAGAUUACAGGAAGAGUUUCCAUCUAUGCAGGUACUUGCAGUUAGUGGCAACUAUUGCACUGACAAGAAACCUGCUGCUAUUAACUGGAUUGAGGGAAGGGGGAAGUCUGUCGUCUGUGAAGCAGUCAUUCCAGCUAAAGUUGUACGAGAGAUAUUGAAAACAUCAACACAAUCUCUUGUUGAAGUGAAUAUCAACAAAAACCUGGUGGGCUCAGCCAUGGCUGGAAGUCUUGGUGGUUAUAAUGCACAUGCUGCAAACAUUGUCACUGCUAUUUAUAUUGCAUGUGGCCAGGAUCCAGCCCAAAAUGUUGGUAGUUCAAAUUGUAUUACAUUAAUGGAAUCGACUGGCUUUAAUAAUGAAGAUUUGUACAUCACUUGCACCAUGCCAUCCAUAGAAGUUGGUACUGUUGGUGGAGGGACCAGCCUGCGACCACAACAAACCUGCUUGCAGAUGCUUGGUGUUCAAGGUGCAAGUAAGAAAUCACCUGGUGAAAAUGCACGUCAAUUAGCAGAGAUUAUUUGUGGGACAGUAAUGGCGGGUGAACUCUCUCUCAUGGCAGCUUUGGCAGCAGGACAUCUGGUGAAGAGCCACAUGAUCCACAAUAGGUCAAAACUCAACCUUCAGGAUCUCCCUGGCAGCUGUACAAAGAAAGCAGCCUGAUCACUACAAGAGAUUACAACCUGAAGGCUUAACUGUAAGACUAACAUUUGGACAUUAGAAAGAUGUUUUGGAUUUUUCCCUUAUCUAUUUGAGGGACACUUCCAUUUUCAGGUUUGCUGGUAUGUUGUCAUAUCAGCCUAGACAAAGGCAGCAUUGAUUGGACAAGAAUUACUCUCAAAGCUCAGAGGUGGCACAAGCUGAAAUCAUACAGUUGUGCAUAGGAUUGAAUAUCCCAUGGAACAUACAGUGGGAAGAAGCUGCAAAAUAGUGGACCUUGUGAAUUAUUGUUAUCCUUGCAUAUUCGUACAGUCUUAAGAGGGCUUCCUGUGACUCUGCAUAGUUUUCUCAGAAACUUAAGUUAUCUGUAUUUUUGAAGUUGACUUGAUUUCAAAGCUUAAAAUAACUUGUGACUUGGGGGAAAGGAUUUCUGGAAGGAACAUAGUAACUACACUUGAUUAAAAGUAAUUCAUGGCUACAGACAACACUGUGUUUUCUUUUCAGUUCUGGAGUAGGAUUAAUUCUUUUAAUGUCAGGUACUCUGCAUUUUUCAAAAUCAAACUUAAAUUUCAGUGUAUUACCCAACAUUGCUUUAUGCGAUGUAGUAUUUGGAGAAAUUCAGAAAAAGGAAAUGUUGUGAUGAAAUAUGCAAAACAAAAUGACAGUUGAAUUUCUGGAAGCUAAAUUCAGAAUGCAGGAUGAUUUUUUUAUUUAAGGGCUUGAUCCAUUUCUAAUACAGUCUAACCCCAAACAUAUUCAGUGCCUACUGAUUUUGAGCGUCAUCGGUGGCAAAAUCAAAUAUCCUGUUUCACGUAGGGUCAGUCUCAAAGGUUAAAGUACUUUUCAACUGAGAUGGUGAAAAACUAAUCCUUUUCAAAAACAAAAAUCGGUGCCAAAAUUUCAGUAGUAAUGUACAAAAACUCCUUCAUCUCACUUUACUUUCAUCUAGUGUCCAUCAGUUACCUGAAUUGACAUAUUGGUUGUAUCAGCUGGAUGUUAGAGACCAGUUUGAAUACCAAAAAUGAUAUUCUAGCAACUCCUGUCCCAGAAUUACCUGAACACAGUACAUGCAAAAAAUUAAAUCAGAAACAUUCUCCCAGCAUUAUUAUGUUCUCACUCAUGUUAAACUGCAGCUCCCACAUAAUUUUAGGAUGUCAUUGCUAGGUGGACUGUAAACUUGGGCUUCAAAGUUUAGGCACACAUGAUCUGCUUUUUUAAUACAGUGGUGCAGCUGGUAGAGCUGCUGCCUCGCACUGCCAGAGAUGCAUUCAUUUCUGAUCUUGGAUGCUGUCUGUGGAGUAUGUAUGUUCUCCCUGGGUUUCCUCCAACACCACAGAUUUAUGCAGUGUUGAAGGAAAUAAGCCACAGUAAAUUGUUCUUGGUGUGUAACUAAAUGGUAGAAUAUGCGGAGAGUUCAUAAGAAUGUGACUAAAAUAAAAUGGGAUUAAUGUAGGAUUAGUGCAAGUGGAUAGUUGGCACAGUGUUGAAAUGGGCUCCAUCUCUGAUUCUAUGAUGUAAUGGCUUAUUGUGAAAUAUUCAUGCACAGAUUUGAUAAAGGACAACAGCAAAACUUCAAGUUUUCUCCAGGGUUCUAAUUUUUCCACUUUUUUUUUUACAUUCCAGCAUUUGCUCAUGAGACUGAGCUUUUCUUUGUAAUUCACUGAAAAGAUGAGUAGAAAUUUUGAUGCAACUUGCUGGCUAUAGUUUUGGGAAACUUUGACCCUGUAUUAAUGUUGGUCCUACUGUGUAUGAACUAUAUCAUGUUUUAAUAUUAACAAUUGUCCUAAUACACUUUUUGACACACAAUGUUGCCUUUCUCUACUAAUGUCAUGUGUUCAUCCACAAUUGGAUAAAAACAACUCUAGUGGAAUUUUAUUGAAACUGAUCAAUGGAGACAUUCCAUUCAGCAAACGGAUGUGGAUUAAGAUUUGUGCAUAGUGUAACAUUUUUUUCAUACUCUGCUGUCAAUCUGAGUCAUUGUGAACGAAUUCCCUUUUGACUAUAGUCCCCUUUAUAAGAUACAGCUUCAGCUUCAAAAUAUUUUUGUUAACCUUGAUGGAUCUUUUUUAAGUCCUACUAGUGCACUGAGAUGAGAAACAUUUUACGCUUGUGUUUCCUUUCUAGACCAUGUUGUUCCUCCUGAGUUCCAUUUAAUUCUUGUGCCAACUUUGCCACAAUUGAACCAUCAUAGAAGAGAUGGAUUUAUUUUCACCCAAAUCUUCAGGAACAGCAGGAUUGUUUAAAUAUUCUCUGGCUUUGAUACUAGUGGAUCAUUUUAUAGUGGAGUGCAUUGUUCUACCCCAUUGGAAAAUGGUUCUUAACCUAACUUCCCCAUUUUUGACAUGCAAUUUUAGUAGAGAAUUCACUUAAUUUUAUCUGUAUACUAUUUACUUGGAAAAACAAUAGCUAUCUAUUCAGUAACCAAGGAAGUAAAGUUCUCAGCAACCUGCUUUCCUUAAUCAUUUUGCCCAACAAAAUUUUUUAUAAUGCAGUUGCUCAAGUGACUGUCUUUUAUUUUGUCGGAUGUUAUAGAAUUGCUUAAUACAUCAGUCAAUUGACAAAAGAUCCAGCUUUUGCUAUUGUGCAAAAUGCAAGCAAAAGUGCAUUUGGUAGGGGGGAAAAAUGCAUCUAACCCCUCUUUUUUUAUUUCCCUAUUCCAGCAGAAAGAAAAUGCUAUUGAAUGAAUACCAAACUUUUUUCUCAAUGCUAAUUUCCUCUAAGUUGCUCUUCAAACAAUAAAUGUUAUUUGUAACUGGCUUCUGGUGACCACCAGUGUUGUGCACUAUCUAUUGAAACCCUAAUAUUCUUUUGCUUGAAACUGAGUCUAAUGUGAAUGUACUGUGAUGUAUUUAUAUUGUACUUUUUAUUAUUAAUGAACUGAUUGGCAGCUUCUGUUACUUAUUAAAGCUCAAAUCAAUGUAAAUGCUUUUACAGUGCGCACAGGUGUUCAUUUUUUUGUGAAAAUGAGUGUUUUCAAUUUCCUUGUGCAUAGCAUGUUAAUCUUUUCCUAUUAAUCAUUAAAUAUUGCAAAAGCUAGAGGUACAUACAAAAUACACUAACAAAUUGGAGCAAUUUGCGGGAUCUUCCUACUUGCCUGUACUUUUUCACUGCUUCAUUUAUCCAUAAGUUAUAGUAAGAUUGGUCAGCCUUGGAUACAUGAAACAGCAAGCUGGCUUCAUUGGAACAGCAGAUUUAGCUCUUGCUAUUCCACACUCGAGUGGCUCCAGUAGGGGAGAGACAUUAAUAAAACAUUCAAACAGACCAAAUUAAAUGUGGGGAAGAUGAGAUUUCUCUGCAGUCCUAAUGGAGGUCUCCACUUGAAACAUCGGCCAUUCAUUUACCUCCACACAGGCUGCUUGACCUGCUGAGUUCUUCCAGCAAGUGUAUUUUUUUUUCUCUACAGUCCUCUCUAUAUGAUAUAAUUCAAUGCUGUAAUUUUAAAAUUUUUAUUUAAUCAUCUGCUGCUGCAUUCCCUAAAUUAGUUCACUACAACUUUGCAGCAUUUGCCCAAUUUUGUGAUAACAGUAAGUUUAAAAUGGAGCCAAUUACACAUACAAAAACCUUGACUUUGGUGCUUUAGGAUUCCCCAAUUAAGUACUUUGCCUACAAUUUUAUUAGACACUUGGCAAUUGAAUUUAGCAUAGCAAGUUCCCAAAACAGUAGUCUGAUCUAUUUAAUUUGAGGGAUGCCCUAGAUUUAAUUAUCACCCAAACUUUUUUUUUACGCACGUGGCAGUGGCAAUGUUGUUGGGGAUGAAGACACCAUUUUCAGCCCAUAGAAAGUAUUUAAACUGGAGUCUGUGCUAUAUUUAUGUAUAGUAUGUAAAUAACUUGUCAGAAGUCAGCAGUUUUGCAUCUGUAUAUAUUAUUAAAGUAUAUGUAUGAAUGUGCAUGUGUUUUAAAAAAAAAUAAACACCCUUGUUUCAA